CUUCUUGUGAACGGGAGAAGAGGUGAGAAGAGGUUCUGCUUUGUGUCCACGCUGACAGGACCAGCCAAGGACUGAGUCUCCCAGCAAAUCAUGGAGUCCCUCAUCGAGCUGCUCUUCUCGCCUCUUCCAACGCCGGCCGUCUUCUCUCUUUUUGCCUUGGCGGCCGCGACGCUCUUCUACCUCUACACCAGGCCCAACCCCUUGCGGUCCCCUGCCGACCUCAAUUGCCAAACCCUGGGCAUCAAGGAUGGAGCUAGGAAGGUAGCCUUGCUCAAGGACAACAAUAACCUGCUAGCUUACUACUAUGAUGACGCCAAGACUAUCUAUGAGGUGUUCCAGAGAGGCAUGAAAGUGUCAGGUAAUGGGCCAUGUUUGGGCUUCAGGAAAGCGGGAAGGCCGUACCAGUGGCUCAGGUACAAGCAGGUGUCUGACAGAGCGGAGCAUCUGGGCUCGGGGCUCCUUCAGAGGGGCUUGACGCCCACUCCCAAUACUUUCAUCGGCAUUUUUGCUCAGAACAGACCCGAGUGGAUUAUUGGUGAGCUGGCCUGUUACACCUACUCCAUGGUGGCGGUCCCUCUGUACGACACCUUGGGUCCCGAGGCGCUGGUGUUCAUUAUCGACCAAGCCGCAAUCACCACGGUGUUGUGCGACAACGUGAAAAAGGUCGAAGUUCUGCUGCAGAACCGUGAGAAAGGCCAAACACCUGCGCUCAAAACCGUCAUCGUGAUGGACCCAUUCGACUCGGACUUGGCUGAGAGAGGAGCCAAAUGUGGGGUGGAUGUGGUGUCCAUGCAGGAUGUGGAGGCUGCAGGGAAAAACCAACCCCAGAAGCCAGUGCCUCCAAAGCCGCAGGAUCUCAGCAUUGUUUGCUUCACUAGCGGAACAACAGGAAAUCCCAAAGGCGCCAUGCUCACUCACGAGAACGUCGUCGCUGAUGCUGCCGGUGUCCUGAAAACCUUUGAGACGGCCAUUGUUCCAAAUACUGAGGAUGUUAGCAUUUCGUUCCUGCCAUUAGCGCACAUGUUUGAAAGAGUCGUGCAGACUGUCAUGUAUGGUGCUGGCGCUCGAGUCGGGUUCUUCCAGGGGGACAUCAGACUACUGCCGGAUGACAUGAAGACCCUGCAGCCCACCAUCUUCCCUGUCGUGCCGCGACUUCUCAACCGGGUCUACGAUAAAGUGCAGAGCGGUGCCACGACUUCUUUUAAGAAAUGGCUGCUCAACUUCGCGGCGCAAAGGAAACUGGCUGAGGUGCGGGAGGGCAUCGUCCGCAGCAACAGCAUUUGGGACAAGCUCAUCUUCCACAAAGUGCAGGAGUCGCUGGGUGGACGAGUGCGAGUCAUGGUGACGGGGGCGGCGCCCAUCUCUUCUUCCGUGCUCGACUUCCUCAGGGCCUCGCUCGGUUGCCAGAUCUUUGAGGCGUACGGUCAGACGGAGUGCACGGCUGCCUGCACGUUCACCAUGCCAGGAGACGCCACUUCAGGUCAUGUUGGUGUGCCUCUGCCUUGUAAUGUGGUUAAGUUGAUGGAUGUGGAAGAGAUGAAUUACUUUUCAUCCAAUGGGGAAGGCGAGGUUUGCAUUAAGGGUACAAAUGUCUUCAAGGGUUACUUGAAAGAUCCAGAGAAGACCGCUGAAGCUUUGGAUAAAGAUGGUUGGCUCCACACUGGAGACAUUGGAAAAUGGAUGCCAAGUGGAGUUCUGAAGAUCAUCGACCGCAAGAAGAACAUCUUUAAGCUGGCUCAGGGUGAAUACAUCGCACCAGAGAAGAUUGAAAACGUCUACGUGCGCAGUGGCCCUGUGGCCCAAGUCUUUGUGCAUGGAGAGAGUCUACAGGCCUUCCUGGUCGCAGUUGUGGUACCUGAUCCAGAGGUCCUCCCAGGUUUGGCCAAAACCCUUGGAUUCCAAGGCUCCAUUGAAGAACUCUGCAAAAACAAGGAAAUCAAAAAAGCUAUUCUUUCAGACAUGAUCAGUCUGGGAAGAGAAGCUGGACUGAAGUCCUUUGAGCAGGUGAAGGAUGUGUAUCUGCACCCAGAGCAGUUCAGCAUUGAGAAUGGCCUCUUGACCCCCACGCUGAAGGCCAAGAGAGCGGAGCUGAAAUCUUUCUUCCACAUGCAAAUUGAUCAACUUUAUGCACAUUAAAUGAA